CACAGACCAAGAUGUUCAAAUUGGUGGUGUUGUGUGCUUUCCUCGCCGCGGCGGUGGGAGAACCCAGUGUGGUAUUUUCACCUUUGGCGUACUCCAGAAGCUACAUAUCACCGGCUACUACGACUAUCACCAACCAGGCCAGCAGUGUCAUCCAUCCUUCACCAGCAUUUUAUUCCGCACCUUGGGCCUACAGCGCACCUGUAGCCCAUCUCAUCAAAAAGCGGUCUCCUGGAUUCAUCAGAUAUAAUGCACCGUCAAGCUAUAUUGCACCGACUUCGUUUUUGACUUCAUACGCAGCAGCUCCCUUGGCUACCACGUACUCAUACACUGCGGCCGCUCCUUUCACAACAACUUACUCUGCGCCAAUCUACAGUCCCGUCGCUCAUUUGAUUAAAAAGCGGUCUGCUGGUCUGAUAUUGCCUACUUCAUAUAUUGCUCCUACAUACGCUGCAGCAACUCCUUUGGUGGCUUCAACAUAUAUCGCUCAUAGACCUAUCUUGUCGACACCGUUUGUGUCUGCUACUCCGAUAACUUACUCACAUUUGAUAAAGAAACGAUCAGUUCUUCUGGACUUCCCAUCAUACUCUGCACCUGCCUCCUUCUCGCAUCAAUCAAGAGUUGAUAUCAAAAGUUCACCUGCUAUUACUUAUUCGUACUCAAGCCCUGCUUUAUACUCCAGCCCUGCUGUCUACGCGAGCCCUGCUGUGUACUCGAGUCCCGCUUUGAUUUCUCAUAUUUAAGCGUCAAAACUAAGCGCAUCAUUAAUAAAUGUAAAGAAAACAAAAUCACCGAAAAUUCAAAAUUUAUUGUAUA